UUGAGUUGAGCAGCACUCUGUUCUGCAAAACCAGACCCCACAAUGCUUUCCAUCCUCCUUAUUCUGCUCCUUCUCAGAUCAGCCACCGUUUUUGGUUUGAACCAAGAGGGUUUGUAUCUGUACCAGUUCAAACUCUCACUGGACGAUCCAGACUCUUCCCUCUCUUCAUGGAACAACCGCGACCCCACCCCAUGCAGCUGGACCGGAGUCACAUGCGAUCCCACCCACACCACCGUCACCGAACUAGACCUCUCCAACGCCAACCUCGCUGGCCCAUUCUCUACUUCCAUCCUCUGCCAUCUCACCAACCUCACCUCUAUCAUCCUUUACAACAACGCCAUCAACAACACUCUCUCUCUAGAAAUCUCCCAAUGCACCUCCCUCGUACACCUUGAUCUCUCACAAAACCUCCUCACCGGUACACUCCCCCACACCCUAUCCCACCUCUCCAACCUCCAAUACCUCGACUUAACUGGCAAUAAUUUCUCCGGUCCCAUUCCCGAUUCCUUUGGCAGAUUUCAGAAUCUUAAGGUUCUCUCUCUUGUCUACAACCUUCUAGAUCAAACUAUACCAGCUUCUCUCGGCAACAUCACCACCCUCAAAAUGCUCAACCUCUCUUAUAACCCUUUUCUCCCCCGUCCUAUUCCACCGGAGCUCGGAAACCUCACAAACCUUGAAAUCCUCUGGCUCAGCUCGUGUAAUCUCGUUGGCGUUAUCCCUCACUCGCUUGGGAAUCUCAGAAAGCUCAGGGACUUGGACCUCGCAUUGAACAACCUCUGCGGAGCCAUUCCGAGUUCGCUGACUCAGAUGACGAGUUUAAAACAGAUUGAGUUGUAUAACAACUCGUUGUCCGGUGAGUUGCCUCGGGGAAUGUCGAACCUCACAUCAUUGAGGCUUGUUGACAUGUCCAUGAACCAUCUCAGUGGAGCUAUUCACGACGAGUUGUGCCGCUUGCCGCUGGAGAGUCUUAAUCUCUACGAGAAUCUUUUCGAAGGCGAGUUGCCGGCGAGUAUAGCUGACUCGCCUAACCUCUAUGAACUCAGGUUGUUCGGGAACAGACUCGCCGGCAAGUUGCCGGAAAAUCUUGGGAAGAAUGCUCCGUUGAGGUGGCUUGACGUUUCUAACAACCUGUUCUGGGGUCGAAUUCCGGCGACUCUGUGCGACCGUGGCGCGUUGGAGGAGAUUCUGAUGAUAUACAACUCGUUCUCCGGGGAGAUUCCGGCGAGUUUGGGCGCGUGCCGGAGCUUGACGCGUGUCAGGUUAGGUUUCAACCGGUUGUCCGGCGAAGUUCCGGCGGGUAUGUGGAGGCUUCCCCAUGUGUAUUUGCUUGAACUUGUUGACAACUCGUUUUCAGGUUCAAUCGCGAGUACCAUUGGUGGGGCGGGGAAUUUAUCGUUGUUGAUUGUGUCGAAGAACAAUUUCUCGGGAGCAAUCCCCGACGAGAUUGGAUGGUUGAAAAAUCUUCAGGAAUUUUCGGGUGGUGAUAACAAAUUCAAUGGUUCGCUGCCUGAGAGUAUUGGGAAUCUUGGGCAGCUUGGGACUCUCGAUCUCCAUAACAAUAAGCUCACUGGGGAGCUUCCCAAGGGGAUUCAAUCCUGGAAGAAACUCAACGAGUUGAAUUUGGCUAAUAAUAAUAUUGGUGGGAAAAUUCCUAAUGAAAUUGGGAGUUUAUCGGUGCUUAAUUUUCUUGAUCUUUCCAAUAACCAAUUUUCCGGGAAAAUCCCCCUGGGGUUGCAGAAUUUGAAGCUCAAUCAGCUCAAUUUAUCUUAUAAUCGGCUUUCUGGAGACCUUCCCCCUCUCUUGGCUAAGGAUAUGUACAUGGCUAGUUUUCUGGGAAAUCCCGGUUUAUGUGGGGAUGUGAAAGGUCUAUGUGAUGUCAAAGGUGAGAAAAAGAGUGCAGGUUUUGUUUGGUUGCUUCGAACUAUUCUCGUAGUUGCCACUUUGGUGUUUGCCAUCGGUGUGGUAUGGUUCUACUUCAAGUAUAGGAAUUUGAAGAGUGCUAGAAGAUCUAUUGAUAAAUCGAAGUGGACAUUGAUGUCUUUUCAUAAACUGGGUUUUGGUGAAGAUGAGAUCCUGAACUGCCUCGAUGAAGAUAAUGUGGUAGGAAGUGGAUCAUCGGGGAAAGUCUACAAGGUUGUACUUAGCAGUGGGGAAGCUGUUGCAGUGAAGAAGAUAUGGGGAGGGAUAAAAAAGGAAAUAGAGAGUGGAGAUAUUGAAAAGGCUCGAUUUCAAGACAAUGCUUUUGAUGCAGAGGUUGAAACUUUGGGCAAAAUUAGGCACAAGAACAUUGUCAAGCUAUGGUGUUGCUGCACCACUAGGGACUGCAAACUAUUAGUUUAUGAGUAUAUGCCAAAUGGUAGUCUUGGUGAUUUGCUGCAUAGCAGUAAAGGAGGGUUGUUGGAUUGGCCAACUAGGUAUAAGAUAGUUGUUGAUGCUGCAGAAGGCCUCUCUUAUCUGCAUCACGACUGUGUUCCCUCUAUUGUUCAUAGAGAUGUGAAAUCUAAUAACAUCUUGUUGGAUGGGGACUUUGGUGCAAGGGUGGCAGAUUUUGGAGUAGCUAAGGUAGUGGAAUCCACCGGAAAAGUAACUAAAUCCAUGUCGGUCAUAGCUGGUUCCUGUGGGUAUAUCGCACCAGAAUAUGCAUACACGCUUAGAGUGAAUGAGAAGAGCGACAUCUAUAGUUUUGGUGUUGUCAUACUUGAGUUGGUUACUGGAAAGCGGCCUAUAGACCCUGAAUUUGGGGAUAAAGACUUGGUUAUGUGGACGUGCACCACCUUGGAUCAGAAAGGCGUGGACCAUGUGCUUGACUCCAGGCUUGAUUCUUGUUUCAAAGAAGAAAUUUGCAAGGUUCUUAACAUUGGUCUCAUGUGCACUAGUCCUCUUCCAAUCAACCGGCCUGCAAUGAGAAGAGUCGUGAAAAUGUUACAAGAGGUGGGCACAGAGAACCAAACAAAGCCUGCCAAGAAAGAUGGAAAGUUGUCCCCUUAUUACUAUGAUGAUGGGUCAGAUCAUGGAAGUGUUGCUUAAUUCAAGUUCUUGCACGGGUUGGAAUGUUUGAAUCUGAACAGGGGGAGGGGGCAGUUCUAAGAUUUUCUUUUACUCAGAGUCAACUUCCCUCCAUGUUUUCCACUCAUGGUUUGCUUUACAAAAGUUGGCUACAGAAAGGGGUAGGGAAUUUUUAAUACCUCUUAUAUUCAGAAAUGAUAUUCUAACUGUUAAAAAGGUUGUGACCCGUAUCUGGCAUCGGUCAGAUGAUUUUCCGAGUUGUAAAAUCAGUGGCUUCUAAAUUCCAAUAUAAAAUUAUCGUUGUGGUAAUUUAAUUUCAGUUAAAUCACUUAAUAGAAAGUUUUCCCGAGAUUGGGAAUCUAUAUCUUAGUCAUGCUUACAAUCUUCGUGAUGUUCCAGCUUACAUGCUUUGACUGUUUUCGGCAUGAAAAUCUACACUCACAGUGCUCUGAGAUAUGUGCUGGGUACAGCUAUAACAAUUGAGUUAAUAAGGUAGUUAGG